AUGCACCUCACCGUCAAGGAGGAGCGCCUGGAACUGGGCCUGAAAGAUCUGGGAGCCGCCAACGAGGCUUUUGGGGGCAAAAAGGCCGACGAGGAGCCGGCGGUGGACGUGGAGGCCCGGCAGCAGACCGCUGACUCGGGCGCCGACCUGAUCUACGUGCUCAACGACCGGCCGCCCUGGUACCUCUGCAUCCUGCUCGGAUUCCAGCAUUACGUCCUGGCGUUUGGUGGCAUCAUUGCCAUUCCGCUCAUCCUGGCUGAGCCGCUCUGCAUCGGUGACAACAACGCGGCCAAAAGCCAGCUCAUCUGCACCAUCUUCUUUGUGUCCGGCCUCAGCACGCUGCUUCAGACGGGUAUUGGCAUCAGGCUGCCAAUCCUCCAGGGCGGCACCUUUAGCUUCAUCACUCCCACUCUCGCCAUCCUGGCACUACCCAAGUGGCAGUGUCCGCCCCUGCAAGGGCCCGCCAUGUUGUCUGGGCACAACGGCACCAGCCCAUUGCAGAUGAUGGAAAGCGGCGACGAGGUGUGGAUGUCGCGAAUGCGCGAGAUCCAGGGAGCCAUCUUGGUGUCGUCGCUGGUCCAGAUCAUGCUGGGCUUGACUGGCCUGGUGGGCUUCGUGCUCCGAUACAUCGGACCACUGGCCAUCGCGCCGACAAUCAACCUCAUCGGCCUCUCACUGUUCGCAGAGGCCGGCAAGAAGUCGGGCGGUCACUGGGGGAUCGCUGCUCUCACUGUGUGCCUCAUCCUGCUGUUCUCGCAGUACCUGAGCAGAGUGGACGUGCCGCUGAUUGCCUACAAGGACAAGAAGUGGACAGUGUUCCACUACCCUCUCUUCAAGCUCUUCUCGGCCUUGUUCGGAAUGUGCGGCGGCUGGCUGGUCUGUUUCCUUUUGACCGUUUUCGACGUGCUGCCAUCCAAGUCGGACAAGUACGGCUUCUUGGCGAGGACCGACAUCAACUUGGACGCCGUCGCCAACUCGCCCUGGUUCCACAUUCCCUAUCCAGGUCAGUGGGGCUUGCCCACCGUCAGCAUGUCGUCGGUGUUGGGCAUGAUGGCGGGAGUGUUGGCCUCUACCAUGGAGUCCAUCGGCGACUACUAUGCCUGCGCCCGUUUAUCGGGCGCGCCGCCGCCACCGACUCACGCCAUCAACCGCGGCAUCGCCGUGGAGGGCAUCGGCUGCAUCUUGGCUGGCCUGUGGGGGACGGGCAAUGGGACCACCUCCUACAGUCAGAACAUCGCCGCGCUCGGUAUCACCAAGGUUGGUAGCAGACUGGUACUGCAGACAACUGGAAUUCUUAUGAUUGUCCUGGGAAUCUUUGGGAAGUUUGGCGCUAUCUUUAUUACCAUUCCGGAUCCAGUUAUCGGAGGCAUGUUUCUGAUUAUGUUUGGAAUGAUCGCCGCUGUGGGAAUAUCGAACCUACAGUAUGUGGACCUCAACUCGUCUCGUAACCUGCUCAUCCUCGGCUUCUCCACGUUCAACGGUCUUGUGUUGCCAACGUGGUUUCACUCCAACCCAGGCAUCAUCGACACAGGAGUCAAAGAGCUAGACCAGAUCAUUGUGGUGCUCUUCACCACGCACAUGUUCAUCGGCGGCUUCUUCGGUUUCAUCCUGGACAACACCAUUCCAGGCAGCACCGAGGAGCGAGGCCUCCGCAAGUGGCAGCAGACAGCAAAAGAGGGAAGCCAGGCCACGUGCGACCAGUCGUGCUACAACAUUCCCUUCUGCGACGCUAUCUGGCAACGCUUCCGCGUCUUCCGCUACCUGCCCUUCCUGCCGUCGUACAAGAGCGGCCCGCAGGCGAUGCCGGCCGCCCCGCUGUGACAGCUUCCUAUUUGUUAACCUCAUUUGACACACAACACACAAGUCGACAGACAAUGCAACAUAAUGGAUGUUACUACAUUUCAGUAAUAGAGAAAAAAGGUGAUGAAAUUCCAAAUGGUUGCAAACGGGGCCGUUUUUUCCCCCUUUUUUUACUCAACUGCAGACAAAGGAGGCGUCUGUUAGCUCGAGUUCCUUAUAACGUUCUGCUUUUAAAUUUACAGUAACUUCCGGGAAGAUCGAAGUGUCUACUAUUAGAAGGCGCUCACUAUUUGAUGAAAAUAUGGUAAAUACAGAGCAUUUUUGUUAUUGUUUUAGCAGUUUUUGUUUCAAUAACUCUUAACAUUUUUAUUCUCACUAAAAAUCCUGAGAAUGUUUGUAUUUUUACAAAAGAAAAAAUAAAUAAAGAAGUGCUUCAUACUAACAAUUGUACUAAAUGUAAGCCAAAGUACAGAUGAUGGACUUUGUAGCCAAAAUGAAAAGUGAAAAAAAAAAAAAACAAAUCUAUAAAUA